CUCUUGAAUGCACGUCUCGCCGCUGCCAGCAGACCCUCUAUGCUGGUUGUUCGUGCUCAGUCAACCUUGAACACCGGCAAGGUUGUUGAGGAUCCCCAGAUUGGCGACUACCCCAACCUUCCUUACAACAGCAGCCAGGCCCGUGGACCUUUUGGCUGGUGGGAUCCCCAGGACAAGCGUAACUUUGGCGAGAAUGUUCAUGAAGAAGACGAAAUUAUGGGUGUCUGGGCUCCUGAUCUGCAUACAUACAGCCCUUACAAGGCUCUUGCUCAAAUUGGUGUGUUCUUUGCUUCAAUGGCUGCUUUUGCUGGUUUCAUCUACAAGGUUAACCCCGAGCGUCCUGUGAUCCAGCGUACUUAUCCUUUUGGUGGAUUGACCGAGGAACUUGGUGCUCGUGAG